UAAGGAUUUGGUGUUUGUAUAUCAUAUAUAUGUUCAAAAUCGUUGAUAGUUAAAGAAAGUUUGGUUUUGACUUAAGAAAUUUAGGGUUAAUGAUAUUUAUUUAAGGAAUUAUAGUGGUUAGUGUGUAGGUUAGUUUUUGCUGCUUAGGGUUCAUAAAAAAAUUAUGUUGGUAGUAAAGUAGGACUUUUAUCGAUUGAUUGUUCGAAACAUGGGUGCGAAUAGUCAAUGUUUUUUAGAGUGGAAGGAGCAAUUUGUUUCAAAAGAAAGGGGCAAGAGGGUGGUUCAUUAUUUCUUGAAAGAUGUAUCUGGAGAAUCGGUAUUAGCUGUUGUGGGAACUGAAAGGAGUGUUAGGCAUAUGUUUUACGUAGUUGCUGAGGAGUUUUUAAAGGCCAAUGAGGCCGAGAAUUCGGUCAUUGCAGGGUAUAGAUGGAGAUCAAGGAGAGAGGUGGUGAAUUGGCUUACAUCUAUGCUAUCGAAGCAGCACCGGCAAGGCGAACAUUCCAAAUUCCCUAAAAGUGAUCACAUUUCUGGUGUUGGUGCUUCGUAUCAGAAUCGUCUUGCAAGAAAUGUAAAAUUACGUAUGCCGGACAUAGUGUGGUCAGGUCUGGAAUGGACGUGUGCUAAACAACUCAAGCACUUCCCAUCCUUCUGCAGAAAUGGUAUUACAAUAUCGGUACAAUCAUUUGUUUUUGUUAUGGCCGAAGAGGAGAACCGUCAUCUCGCAUAUCUCGAAGAUAUGUAUGAAGAUAAAAAGGGUCAAAAGAAGGUCAAAGUGAGAUGGUUUCACCACAAUCAAGAAGUGCAAGGUGUUGUUACCCUUAGAAAUCCUGAUCCAAAAGAGGUUUUCAUUACACCUUACGCACAAGUUAUUAGUGUUGAGUGUGUUGACGGCCCAGCCAUUGUCGUGACUCGUGAACAUUACGAAAAAUGUGUGCCUAUACUUCCUGAAGAUCUAUUGACUCGAGUGCAUUUUUGUUUGAGACAAUUUAAAAACAACCGUGUGAAGCCAUUUAAUUUGAGCAAGUUGUGUGGAUAUUUUGAUCAGCCGAUUUUUACAGUUGUUGAGGAUCAUCAUAUCGCAGAUGAGGAAAAUAGCCUUGGGGAAAACAUUAAGGUGGGAUCUAAACGUCCUAGAAAUUACAGAGGACGCCAGGUGAUGCCAUAUGAUUUGUCAUGCAUGAGUGAGAAGAUUGAGAGACUAAGAAGGAAGCUCAUUCCAAAGUAUGUGAAAAAUCGGGAUACACAUGUCCCAUAUUUUAAGGGUAAUGAAAAAAUAGAGUUGUUGUGCCAAGAUAGUGGUAUCUGUGGAUGUUGGUUUAGAUGUACUAUAUUGAAAGUUAACAGGAGACGGAUGAAAGUCCAAUAUGACGAUUUGAAGGAUGAAGGCGGAAGUGGUAAACUUGAGGAAUGGGUUCCAACUCUCAGAUCAGCCAUUCCUGAUAAACUUCAGAUGAGAUGUUCAGGCCGGUCAACUAUGCGGCCAGCACGUAUUGAAAAUGAAACAAAUGCUGUUGAGGUUGGUUCCCCAGUGGAUGCAUGGUGGAGCGAUGGCUGGUGGGAAGGAGUUGUGACUGAAAUAGGUGAAUCGAGAGAUGGAGAUGUUCAAGUUUAUUUUCCUGGUGAAAGUUUUUUUCUUGAACUGCAUAGAAAGGAUUUGAGAGUUUCAAGAGAUUGGUUGGGAGACCAUUGGGUUGAGCUUGUAACAAAGCCUAAUAUUCUUUCGAUAGUGCCUGCCAAAAUAACCCCAAAAAUAAUUGGAAUAAAACAUGAAAGCUUGCCUAUUUUAUCUAAGGAAACCCCUGCUUCUGUCCACCUGUCUGAGUCCCUCCAAGAGGCUGACGCCCAUGAUGAUAUCCCGAUCUCGGGCCAUGUAGAAACUAGUGAAAAAGACCCGAGUUCAGUCUGUUUAGAGAAUGUUGAAAAAGACCAAAGUGCAGCCCAUAUGGAGAUUUGUGAAAAAGACCCCAGUUCAGCCCAUGUAGAGAUCGGUGAAAAAGACGCGAGUUCAGCCCAUGUAGAGAUUGGUGAAAAAGACCUGAGUGCAGCUCAUGUAGCUCAUAUAGAGAUUGGUGAAAAAGACCCGAGUAUAGAUUAUGAUGGCAACCAUGUAGAAAUUGGUGAAAAAGGGGAGCAUAGAAGCGAUAAUGGGGAAGCAGUGGCCAUGGAAUGAGCGGCCAAAAAAUUGGAUUGCAGUUUGUGUAUAGCAGUGACAAAGUGAGGUUAGAGUAUGUACUUUUCUACUGAUUGUUUAGGAACACUUAACCAGGAGAAAAAGAGAGAUACCCCCAUAAUUUGAAAUCUUUUAGCAAAAGGCAAGUUCUUUUUUUUGGAGCUAAAGUGUUUUGAUGACUUGUACAUCCUGCCCUAAAGAUGUACUUUUUGUCGAGUUUGGCAUCGGAGAAAAAGGGUGUAGCCUUUUUGGUUAGUUUUGGUAGCAGGUGAUGUACCAUUGUUGGUGGUACUUAUUGUAACAAUGGAGUGGUUAACUAAGUUAUGCUUGUCGUUUAUCAUGGCGUUACCA